AUGCUUGCCCUGUUCGACGAACGCAGCCUCCAGGCUCUCAGAGACAAAUCCACACGCGCCUGCGGCGACUUACCAAAGGAAGAAGGGAAGGACGAAGGGCCGCAGAUGGAAGACAGGGAGAAGAAGAGCGAAGACAGAGGGAAGAAGAGCGAAGACAGAGGGAAGAAGAGCGAAGACAGAGAGAAGAAGAGCGAAGAGAGGGAGAAGAAGAGCGAAGACAGAGAGAAGAAGAGCGAAGAGAGAGAGAAGAAGAGCGAAGAGAGAGAGAAGAGCGAAGACAGAGAGAAGAAGAGCGAAGACAGGGAGAAGAAGAGCGAAGACAGGGAGAAGAAGAGCGAAGACAGAGAGAAGAAGAACGAAGACAGAGAGAAGAAGAGCGAAGACAGGGUGAAGGAAGACAGAGAGGAGAGGAGAUCCGAAGCAGAGGAUCGCCCCAGUGACACGCAGGAGAGGCACCGGCCAUUUCGUCUCGUUUCUCGGGAGUCAGGCUCGCUCUCUGUUGCGUCUCGAGGAUUGUCGGAAGAAGGAGGCGACACAACGUCUGCAUUUUGUGGAAAGGCGCGGCUGUCUCUAGAAACGGAAGGGAGCUGCUUGUUCGCCCCACUGGGAGCAGCGAGGGAAGCGCAUGGCGACCAGAGCGAAGAAGCCGGGGAAGGACCGUUUGUUGUCAAUGGAGUUCCACCUUGUCUUGCUUUUUCCGCGUCUGCCGGCGCGCCACCGGCGACGCUUGCAGGCCAGUGUCCGCCGUCCGUGGCUCUUUCAACUUCGCAUGCGUUCGCGUUGCUCGACAACCCCGCGCCAGGCCCACUGAAUGGCGUGUCUUCUGCUCCGUCGCCUUACCCUGAUGAUCGACAGCGCAGAGACGAAUGCGCAGUGGGCGAAGGAAGCGACGGAGAGGCACGCGUCGAAAACAAAGACAGAGAGAAAGACCCUCGCGCUCGGCUCUCUCGGACCUCCCUGGGAUCACUGUGCAGUCGAGGGAAGAACGACUCCACCAAGGCCUACUACCCUUCGUCCUCGUCCUUGCUCCCACCCUUUCCGCCGUCUUCUGUUCCCGUUUCUUCGCCAUUCUCUUCGGGCCUUCCUCCGCAUGCGUCUCUCCCUCCGCCUUCUGACAGCGCCUGCUACACCUCGGCCUCGUCGCGCUCUCCUUCGCCCUCCUUUUCUUCUCCAACGCAGACAGCGCCGACGUCUGCAGCUUCUUCACCUUGCUGGCCGGUCCAGUUUCCGCCUGCGGUGGCUGAAGAGACAGUGUCUCUCCUCGUUCGAGUGAAAGGCCUUCCCGCACUUCAGGGUCCCGGCGCCUCCUCUCACUGUCUCUCUGCGUCGCCGCUCCCCGUCGUGUCUCGCGCCGACAUGCACAGCCGUUCCUUGCCUGUCGCUGCGGGGCCCGCGAGCGCUGGAGAGCACAGCUCAACAGGCGCGCCAUGCGGCCACGACAGCGGCCAGGAGUGUCGUAGUCGCCGCUCGUUUUCGAGUGCCUCCCCGGACCUCUUCCCGGAGAGUUUUGCGAGCGACAGAUCGCUUUCCUCGCGAACUCUCGCAGGCGCUGGUCGCCCUCCCCGAACCACCUGCUGCGCACCCUUCUACCAGGAUAUCACGGCCAUUGCGGAGGCUCUCGACGAGAUGCCCUACGACUUCAUUCUCCACAAGCUCAACUGUGAACUUCCAGCUGCCAUGGCCUUUGAGCCCUUGGCGCAGGCCAUCGUGAACUGCCAGAGCCACAUGUUCCUCUCGCGGCCAAAGCCGGUGAAAAUCGGCGAUCGCAUCAUUCGGGCGAAGCGAAUCUGCCCUCCGUCCCUCCGGGUAAAGAAGGAAAUACGCGACAUGAUCGUGAGACAGAGACUCCUGGUCGUGCGCGCUCGAGAGGGAAGAGCGCUCGAAACAGAUCCGGCGGCUCGGGCUCUCCGAGAGUGUCACCGGGCGGCCUACUGGCGUUCCUCGUCCGUUGCUUCGCUCUCUCUUCCUUCCGCGUACUGCUCCGCCGUACAGCCUCCUUCCUGUUGCGUUCCUGCGUUGACCCCCUCUUCGUCGAUUCCUCCUUUUCCUUCUCUCCCUUCGUCUUCUUCGGCUCCGCUCCCUUCUCUUUCUUCCCCUUCUUGUGCACGUUUCCCCGCGGACGAGCUGCCGGAUUCGUCAGGCCGAAGCCUGGAGAGGACGGAGGCUCUCAAGAGUUCCUCUUUCUCUGUGUCGCCUGCUUUGAGUGUUUCCGUUUCGGGGAGCGAGCGCGCGUCUCUGUCUCCUUCGCCCGCCCUCCCCGCCUCUUUGCCGACGCUGUCCCUCGCAGGCGACGCGCUGCAGCGGCCGGGCGAAGACUCGGAAGUUCCAGACGCGCCCGUGUUCUACUGUCUUGGGCCUGAGAGGGAGAGCGACGAGGGAGAAGAGACACGGCUGCCGGAGGAAGACACGGAGCGACAGCAAGAGCGAUCGAACGAAAGCGAAGAUGACGAGGAAAUUGAGCGCAUCAUUCAGCACUUCUUGCUCCACACGUCGCCACAGAACGAGGGCGUUUCACCUCGCGCAGCGCAGCUCGUCGCCGAUGGACCGCCGCCAGUUCUCCGGCACGUGGAGGCGGAUUUGGGGCAGGCAAAGACCCGACAGCCUGUGCGGGCUUUCGAACGCGGAGGAGACUCCACGGAAGCACGAGAGGAACGUGGGACGAGCCGAACAGAAGGCGCGGAAACGACCGCAGAGACACUCCCCUGCGGAGACACGCAGCACGGAGAGGAGGAAACCUGCGCGAGAGGCGGGCGCGCUGUCCUUCCGGCGCGCCACGCCACAGAAGGACCGAUCAUCGGAAGAAGCAGAGACGGAGACGCUCGCGGCGAAUCGAAGAGGACCGAAAGAGGAGAAACUCAGACAGAGACCAGUGCUGGUGAGGAGACGCCGGAGGAAGCGAGGCCGGAUGGACAGGUUUCGUAUUGCCUGGCUGAGGACAGAAGUGGAGGCGGCGUCUCGUCGCUGAGAGAGAACAGUGCGCAUAAUCUGAGUGAGGAAGCAAAGCACGAAACAAAAGCGGAGUGGCGAGCGCUGAGCGGAGACGGAGGUCGGGGAGCGGCGAGCAAAGAGAGGCAAAUCGAGCAGGGAGAAGAUCGUGAAGCGUGGAGAAAAAUCGGGCGGGAGACAGAAGGGACACCGCCAACAGAAAACGGACAAGAGAAGGCUCACGCCGGAGCGUGCCCGUUCGAUCCGUGCGACUCGUGGGUCUCGGCCGUGACUUCGCUGGGCGCCUCUCGGGUCGUUCCCUCUCGAUUCUCGGUUUUGCCCACGUCGCAGACAGACUCCGACACAGGAGGGAAAGAGCAAGAGAAGCCGCUUGAAGCUUCGUCCUUGCCUCCCUUCGGCGAGAGCCCGACCUUGACGACUGCGACGCCCGCUACGCGGGCGUCGUUUUCCUCUCCUCCGCUCUCGUCUUCUGCAUUUCCUUUCCCCCCUCUUUCUCCCUCUCUCAAGAGUUCUUCCGCUGAGCUUCCGGCUGUCGCCGUUCCACCUUCCCUUGCGACCGGAGCGUGGAGUUGCUUUUUCGAGCAGGGGAAAGUGGCGAGCAACCGGGGUUUUGACAGUUGCCUGCCGGGCACGGGGGUGUCUGUCGACGCGCGUUCCAGUUCUCGCUCUUUGGCAAGUGUGCGUCUCUCGUCGUGCCCACCAGCCUCGGAGGCCGGGGCGAAGGCAGCUACGGCUUCGCACGAGGCACCGUUGGAGGACAUACUUCGCCUUUGGCGCGCAUUGCUCCCCGCCAGAGAGCCGCCGAAAGACGCUGCGAAGCUGGCGCGACUGACAAGCACGCUCGCGGAUGUUUUUCGAUCUUUCAGCGCAGAGGAAGACUUGCAGCUGGGAACGCGCCCAGAAACGUGCGCAGAAAAGCCGACGCGGUAG